GGCGCUGAACAACGAACGCCCCUCAUCUAAACUUGCCGUCAGACUUGCCUCGUGACGAACGAAAAAAAUCAGCGGGGAUUCAGAUGAGGCUCUGCUCGCCUAGUCUCCGGCAAGCGGCGGCCGCGGCCACCAACUCCCCCCUCGCGGCCACCCUCUGCAAGAAUUCUCCUAGCUCCCUCAUCACCCAUGGCAGGCUCAGCUUCAGCCACACGUCGCCGCAGACGCCAAACCACCGUGACAAACGAACAGGAUGGGCGGUGCGUGUGCUUCCCCUGACGGAGGAGAACGUGGAGAUGGUGCUGGACGAGGUGCGGCCGAGCUUGAUGGCCGACGGCGGCAACGUGGCGCUGCACGAGAUCGACGGCCUCGUCGUCGUGCUCAAGCUGCAGGGGGCCUGCGGCUCCUGCCCCAGCUCCACCAUGACGCUCAAGAUGGGCAUCGAGACGCGCCUCCGCGACAAGAUCCCCGAGAUCCUUGAAGUCGAACAGAUCGUUGAUGCCGAGACAGGGCUCGAGCUCAACACCGACAACGUCGACAAGGUACUGGAUGAGAUCAGACCAUACCUAUCGGGCACCGGAGGUGGAAGCCUCGAGCUUGUUAAGAUCGAUGAGUAUGUCGUCAAAAUUCGAAUCACUGGACCUGCAGCUGGUGUAAUGACAGUACGUGUAGCUGUGACACAAAAACUGAGGGAAAAGAUACCUUCAAUCUUGGCUGUUCAGCUCACAGAGUAGAAACAUGAGUUUUUUUAUGCAUCAAUCAAGAGAACACAAAAAUCGGCUUUCUGGUGA